AUGGCUUCCUUACCAAAUAUCCUCUUUCUACUUUCUUCGAUCUUCUUUUUCUUCUUCUUCAUUUCCAUAUCAGCUCUCAAUAGCGCUUCCUCUUUUACAUCUUUAGAACAUACCCAUUUUUCUCCACUUAGAGACUUUUGCAAUAACAGACCAUACCCAGAAGCUUGUUUUGACUCGUUAAAGCUCUCUAUCUCUCUAAACAUUGAUACAAACCUAAUCACUUAUCUUCUGCACACUCUUCAAACUGCAAUAUCAGAAGUCGAAAACCUAACCAAUCUAUUCUUGAAUAUUGGUGGGUCAAAUAAUGAUAUUAUUGAAAAGCAAAGAGGGACAAUUCAAGAUUGCCAAGAACUGCACCAGAUCACAUUAUCUUCUUUACAAAGAAUAUCAGUUUCAGGAAUUCAAGCUGGUGAUUAUCGUAAAUUAUCCGAUGCAAGAACAUACCUUAGUGCAGCACUAACAAACAAAAACACUUGCUUAGAAGGACUAGAUUCUGCAUCAGGUCCGUUAAAGCCUGUUUUGGUGGAUUCACUGAUAAGUACUUAUAAGCAUGUCAGUAACUCUCUUUCAAUGCUCCCUAAGCCAGUAAGUCGUAAAAAGGGUCGUAAAAAUCGACGCCUAUUAGGGUUUCCAAAAUGGAUAUCCAAGAAAGAUCGUCGGAUUUUGCAGAGUGAUGAUGGUGAUGAAUACGAUCCCAGUCAAGUUAUUAUUGUAGCAGCCGAUGGAAAUGGGAAUUUCAGUACCAUUAGUGAUGCUAUAAAGUUUGCUCCAGUUCAAAGUGAUGACAGAAUAAUAAUCUUUGUUAAACGAGGUCUGUAUAAGGAGAAUGUGGAGAUCCCAAGAAACAAGCCUAAUAUUGUUCUGAUUGGAGAUGGAAGGGAAGUCACGUUCAUUACUGGUAGCAGAAGUGUAGGUGAUGGUUGGACUACUUACGGUUCUGCAACUCUUGCUGUUUCUGGCGAGGGAUUUCUGGCCAGGGAUAUAACAAUUGAAAAUACCGCCGGACCAGAGAAGCAUCAAGCAGUUGCUCUUCGUGUAAACGCAGACCAAUCAGCGCUAUAUAGGUGUACAAUCAAUGGAUACCAAGACACAUUAUAUGUACACUCGUUUCGACAAUUUUAUAGAGAAUGUGAUAUUUCAGGUACUAUAGAUUACAUAUUUGGAAAUGCAGCUGUAAUCUUUCAAGGUUGUCAUAUUAUUUCUAGAAUGCCAAUGCUAGGCCAAUUUACUGUCCUCACCGCCCAGUCUCGAGACAGCUCCGACGAGGACACUGGAAUUUCGAUACAGAAAUGUUCUAUUGUGGCGACAGAAGAUCUAAAAUCUGCGUUUAACAACAAAACUGUUAGAAGUUAUUUAGGAAGGCCAUGGAAAGUGUACUCUAGGACAGUGAUUCUUGAUUCCUUCAUUGAUGGUUUUAUUGAUCAAGCUGGAUGGAUUAAAUGGACUAAUGAUGAUGAUGAAGAUACAGAUUCUUUAUAUUAUGGAGAGUAUAAUAAUAAAGGACCCGGUUCUGCAACAGAUAAUAGAGUGAGUUGGUCAGGUUACCAUGUAAUGGAUGAUUAUGAUGCCUAUGAUUUUACUGUACCAAAUUUCAUCAAUGGUGAUGAGUGGCUAGAUUCCACUUCAUUUCCAUAUGAUGAUGGAGUUUAA